AUGAAGACCUUUGCCGGGAUCGUCGUUGCUGCCUUGGCUGCACAGAGUGCCUCGGCACACUACAUCUUCACGACCUUCUCGCCUGGGACAACCAAGGCGACUGCCUACGAGUAUGUUCGUCGCAACACGAACAACAACUCGCCCGUCACUGACUUGGCCUCGAAUGAUCUUCGAUGCAAUGUAGGAGGAGCCACCGGCGCCAAUACGACAACCAUUGAGGUGGCAGCUGGGUCUCCCUUCACCUUUACUCUUGAUCAGGCCGUCUACCACCAAGGUCCGAUCUCGCUGUACAUGUCCAAGGCACCGAGCACAGCUGCCGAGUAUGAUGGCACCGGUGACUGGUUCAAGACCUUUGACUGGGGCCCCAAGUUCUCCAACGGCCAGGCAAGCUGGACCAUGUCAAGCUCCUACUCUAGCACAGUUCCUACGUGCAUCCCAGCGGGAGAAUAUCUUCUUCGCAUCCAGUCCCUCGCCAUCCACAACCCGGGCAGCACGCCUCAAUUCUACAUCUCUUGCGCCCAGGUCAAGGUGACGGGCGGCGGGUCGACGACGCCCUCGACGACGGCCAAGAUUCCCGGCUUUGUCAAGGCCACCGACCCUGGCUACACUGCCAACAUCUACAAUAACUUCAACUCGUACACGGUUCCCGGACCGGCAGUUUUUACCUGCUGA